GGGAGCUGAGAGUCGGCAGGACAACACUCGUCCUUCCACCUUGGACUAUAUAUAAAAAAAAUAUUUAAAAAAAGAGGAGGGCAAGUUUAUGAAUUAAAGAACAUCAUUUCCACAGCUGGGACGACUAUGGAGCACUUUGUCUUCAGCAUCCAGAAGAAAGGAGACAUAAAGACCAAAACGUACCGACUAACUCUCUAGAAACUUCUCAAAUAUCCAACAGAGGACAAAAGGGAGUAAAGAAGGUAAAAGGAAGGACAUUUAAGGAGUAAAAAGGAUGCAGGAAUGCCAUGCUGGGAAGUGACCGUGCAAGCAAACUUUGAAUGAAAGCAGGAAAAGCUCACGUGUGACCUUCAGGAAGAAGCAAACCUACAAAAAAUUGUGUGCAAGAAUGAAUCAAAGCACCAAGCGCUCGUAGAAAGAAAAGAGAACAAAAAGAAGAAAAUCAAAAAGCUCACGCUCAAAAAUUAAAACCGACAAGGACCUGAGUUGUGAACAUGGAGCAUCCCUUCACCAUCCUCCUCAUCUUCCUCCUCCACUUGGCACCAGCGGCGGGCGGCAUGACCCGGGUCCAGCUGGAGCGCUGGGUCCGCUCGGGCCUCCAGUCCCUGCAGUGGGACCAGCUGGACCACUGCCUGCGCGCGUCCUCGCACUCCGAGGUCGAGUGCAGGCGCCUCGCCCACCUGCCGCCAUCUGCCGUGGCCGUGUACGCCUCCGAGCCCCGCGGCGCUGCAGGUGCCUCCGACAAAGUGCUGGCCAUCCUGCCGGACUCGUACUCUUCCAGUCUUCUGAUGGGCUCCAAAUUCCGGACUGCCUUCAGCGUCGGUACCAUGGUAAAAGGGAGGGAGAGCCGCCACAGGUACCAGCCACCUUACCCGGCCUCCGUGGCCCACGAUGCGGUGCUGGUGCUGGACCCCAGCCCCGGGGAGAACUUUGGACACCCGGUGGUCCUCUUCUAUGUGGACCUGAACGUGACAAAGAGGAGGUGCUCCCAUCUUGAUGGUAUUUAUUUGGGAGAGGAGUGUUUGAUUCACGCCUUGAAAGGUCGCUGCCAGAACCAACUGAAGCGCCGACAGGCCGAGCCUGAGAGCCUUAUCAGCCACCACGGACGUGGGUGGAGAUUGGAUGGAAAUCCACGCGGUGGUAUCGUUAGCAGCUCGGUCAGCGGAAGACUCUGCGAGGUCCAUUUCCUCCCGCUGGUGGUCGCAGUUGGAGACAGCAACCAGACCCAGAGACUCAGAUGUAUAGAUCAUGCAGAGUUUGCUAGGUGCCCUCAGCCGGCGCCCAUGGGUUCCCCUAGUCUUCCCAUCUCCAGCUGUGAGUUGAACAAAAACACCAGACGAUGUCACCAGCAGCAACUCGCCACUCACCUCUCCUGCCGCCUCUACCAGACCUGCGACCAUGCUGUGCUCAUCUCUGGCGGGUGGCAGCAACAGAUGACAUUCCAGCAUCAUGUGCAGAAUCUUCAAAGGUUUUACAGAAUGCUCCGAAUCAAUGGUUACCACAAAGACCACAUCAAGACCUUCUUUGCCAGCAGUGGACACAUUCGAGAUGAGCUGGAGGGUGCCUACUCGGCCAUGGAGAAAGCAGUGAUCCGUAACCACCUGUCGUACAUCUGCAGGAAACAACACUGUGCCGACUCCUUGGUGCUCUACUUGAACUCGCCCACACGCAGUGAUGGCACCAUGCUCCUGUGGGACAGCAACCUCAAUGGCGUCGCUGAUUUAAAGGAGCGCUACUCGGUCAACGAGCUGUUGGCCGAUCUGGCUGGCUGCAGGGCGACCCGUGUUUUGAUGUUUGUGGAUCAGAGCUACAGCGGCGUUCUAUUCAAAAGGCUGCGAGGAUCUCAGAAACACCUCAACGUAGUUCUGAUUCAGAGCCAGAAAAGGCAGAAUCAGAGCUACGACAGGAUGAGCCCAGGCUGGGCGGACAGCAGCUGGGCUCACAUCAGUGCAGCGACCUGCCUGCUGGACCACCUGGAGAAGAGUGCUGGUGCGUCCCAAGCGUUGGACCAGUGGGCUGGACUUCUCAACGUCACCCUGGCAGGAGCUCCCUGCAACGCCACGCCACCGCUAACAGACAGUGAGCUGCGACGGGAGUACCAGGGAUGCCAGAACCUGCCGACUGCACUCUGGCACAGGAAGUACUGGAGGAUCAACUAAAAAAAACAAAAAAACAAACAGAAACCCUCAAAGACGAACCAGAGAGCGAGUGGCAAACGACCCACAGGGGACAUUAAAUACAUGGCACAGGGGUGUCCAAAGUGUGGCCCGGGGGCUGUUUUGUUAUUGGCCCAAGGAACAUUCUAAAAAUACAAUUAAACAAGAAAACAACAGCAAAAAUGAACAAAAAUGCAGUCAUUUUUUGGGAAUAAAGUAGAAAUAUCAGGAGAAUAAAGCCAUAAAAUGAUGAGGAAUAUAUUGUCAUCUUACGGGAAAAGAAGUCAUAAUUUUACCAAAAUAAAAAUCACAAUAUUAUUAGGAAAAACACCUCAUUUUUAGAUGCAUAAAGUUGAAAUAUUAACAACAAAUUUAACAAAAUAUUAGCACAUUUUUUUAAAGUCCUAAUGUUAUCAGAAAGAAAACAAAGAAUGCAGUUGCAAAUUCUGGAUAAUAAGGCUGGAAAAAAGUUCUGGUAUUAAAAAAUAAGGUCAUAAAAUUACGGAAAAUAAAAGUUGUCAUCUUACUCGGGGGAAAAAAAGUUCUCAUUUUACGAGAAUGAGGUCGUAAUAUUCUGAGGAAAAACAUGACAUUUUUAGAAGCAUAAAGUUGAAAUGUUAAAAGAAAAACUUCGUAGUGUUAUGGGAGACAAAACAAAGCUAGUUAGCAUGCUACUAGCAUAACAUUAGCAUGCUAACACCUAUCAUAAUAGUGGUAAGUGUUUAUAUAUGUGUCUAGCUAUGGAAAUGGCUAAAAAUGCUACUGUGUUAAUAUUAGCAUGCUAGCAAUGCUAACGUGCUAAUGUUAGCAAUCUAACACCAAGCAUGAGAGUGCUAAGUCUUUAUACAAGUAUACCUAUGAAAAUGGAUAAAAAUGCUACUAUGCUAAUGUUAGCAUGCUAGCAAUGCUAACAUGCUAACGUUAGCAUGCUAACAUAUAGCUCGAUAGUGCUAAGUCUUUAUAUAAAUGUCUGCCUAUGAAAAUGGCUCAAAAUGGCACUGCUAGCAAUGUUAACAUGCUAUCGUUAGCAUGAUAACACAUUGCCUAAUAGUGCUAAGUGUUUAUAUUUGUGUCUAGCUAUGAAAAUGGCUAAAAAUGCUACUAUUCUAAUGUUAGCAUGCUAGCAAUGCUAACGUACUAGUGUUAGCAUGCUAACACCAAGGACGAUAGUGUCAAGUCUAUAUACAAGUGUCUACCUAUGAAAAUGGCUAAAAAUGCCACUGAUAACAAUGCUAACAUGCCAUCGUUAGCAUGCUAACACAUCGCCUAAUAGUGCUAAGUGUUUAUAUAUGUGUCUAGCUAUGAAAAUAGCUAAAAAUGCCACUGAUAGCAAUGCUAACAUGCCAUCGUUAGCAUGCUAACACAUCGCCUAAUAGUGCUAAGUGUUUAUAUAUGUGUCUAGCUAUGAAAAUAGCUAAAAAUGUGCUUUGCGCUGCGCUUGGUGGAGGUAAUAAUACGCUUUUUCACCAAUAUGACUAAGCUGAGAUGCAGGCUUCCUCAGCGUAUCUACAGUACAGUGGCUUUACAAAAUGUCAAAUAAAAGUGGCCCGUCCAGCCUUUGAUUUUUCAGUAUGCGGCCCUCGCUGGAAAAUAGUUUGGACAGCCCUGUGUUGGCGUUCAUCACAUGCAUGUGUAGACGGACAGUAGAUGCAACAUGUGUGUGUGUGUGUGUGUUGGUGUGUGUGCUCUUUCUGCCCUAACGCUGAACUUGCUGUAAGCAUGGUGAUGACAGCUCAUCCCAAGGGGGUGUCCUGAACCUGAACGCCAUUUGUGUAGAUGUGUGUGUGUGUGUGUGGAGGUUCAGCAAGAGGACAGCCACUCUGGUAAGUCUUCAGCAUUUCACAACCCAUCUUGUAUUUGUCCAGAAGCUCAUUCUCUUGGUUUGUACAUUGAUUCUGUUCUUGACUUGUUGUGCAAAAGGUGAAGACAUUGAACACUGAAGCCCAGAACAAUCCACUAUUAAAUGUAUCCUAAAUGUCCACUGGUGGGCUUGGCUCUGUCUAUCCUAGCUCAAAGAAUCACAGCGAGACAACAAAGUAAGAUAUACUGUACUUUUGCAAAAAAAAAACAAACAAACAUUGAGGUGUAUUGAAGUGUCCCAAAUAGAGGACGCGAGGGACGCCAAGGACAAGGAAGGAAGA